UCAUCUCAGUGUAUAACACUUGUAAUAAUCCAUUAGGAAACCCCUCGGUUGUCAAAGUGUUUCUCUGUGUGUGUAAUCGAUUUACGGGGACGAACAACCAAGCCGAAUGAUAAUCGCUCUCUUUGACGGCAACCACGAAGCAGGACGGACGUGUUUGGCUACAACUGCGUACCACGAGGUUCUACAAUUUGGCGCAGCCGGUGAAAACAAAAUGAUGAACGGAGAAGACAAAUUGCGUUACCCUUUGGCUCAGUUUAACGAUGCAGUCGAUGCCCAGGACUUGCGAAGAGAAUGGGAAGAGUGGCACCGGGCUUUCGAACUCAUCAUGCAGUUACGGGAAAUGGAAUCUCAACGCGAGAAGUUGGCAACAAUGCUGGCCAUGGGAGGAAGAGGACUGCAGCGGAUUUUCCACAAUCUACGGGCAGUACCUGAUGAGUUUUAUCCUGAGCCAGUCAAGCGGAAUGAUCGUGUGGAACUCGAAGUUUUUCGUGGUCUGAGACAGAAACCUGAGGAGUCGUUCAAUGCCUUUAUCCUCGGACUCCGAACACAAGCGGCUCGCUGUGAAUUCCGUGAUCGUGAAGACACAGAGAUUUUACAGCAGAUCACGAUCGGCGCUCGGGACGAAAAAGUACGAGAUAAGGGUCUGGAGAGCGUAAUGAAUUUGGACGAGCUAAUCAAUUACGCCAUCAACCGGGAAAUUCUUGUUAGACAGAGAGAGAAGGAGAGAAGCCAAUCGGAAGUCAACAACAUUUCGGUCAGAAGGAAUACUUGGAGACCACAGCGCUACGAGCAUUCGUUCACAAAGCGUACAACUCCUUUCCGUCCGGAUUUUAGAAGAGGUGCAGCUCGUAUUCAGCGAGGAGAGCAGUGUUGGCGUUGUGGAUCAUAUAAUCAUGGAUCGGAGUCACUUGAGUGUUUGGCACGUGGAGCUAUCUGUAACCGUUGUGGACAGAGUGGUCACUAUGCCAGGAAGUGUGAUGGAACUCAUUCAUUGCCGUCAUCGAAAAAGCCUGCCGUCAGAGGUCGAAACGAAGCUAACUCGCUUGUUGAUUCGAAAGAACAUUGGAAAGCAGAAAUCCCACACCGCCCGACAACGGAAGACAUUGCCAAGGUGGAUGGUCAUGUCCUUGACAGCGGUCUUGUCACUUGUAUGAUCGACAAAACGGCGGUAGAAUUUCUUAUAGAUUCUGGAGCAUCGAUUAACACAGUCACUGAAGAAGCGUGGGACGUUAUACAGCAACGAAAUACAAAAGUAUUCAACUAUAGAACGAAAUGUGAUCGCCAAUUCAACGGUUAUGCUAGCCAAGAACCUUUGCAGGUUAAGGCGAUGUUUGAAGCAUGGCUGUCAAUCAACCCAGUGAAGCCCAAGUGUUAUGCUGAAUUUUUCGUGAUCGAAGGAGCUCAAAGAUCGUUGUUGAGUAAAAGCACAGCUGAGGAGCUUAAGGUCCUUAAGGUUGGGCUACAUGUGUCUAACAUUGAUGGGUUGGUCAAACCGUUUCCGAAGUUUCCUGGAAUAUUAGUCAAGUUGUCUAUUGACGACCGGAUCAUUCCAAAGAAAGUAGCCUAUCUUAGGGUACCAGCAGCCAUGGAGCAAAAAGUCAACGACAAACUAGAAGAACUGUUAUUGAGUGAUGUCAUAGAAAGAGUCGUGGGCUCCCCCGAGUGGAUUUCCCCGAUGGUAGUGGUACCGAAAGGUAAGGAUGAUGUUAGAAUAUGCAUCAAUAUGAAGAAUGCUAAUGAAGCUGUCCAACGUGAACAUUAUCCACUACCAGUUAUCGACACUUUUUUGAAUAAAUUGAAAGGUUCAAAAUUUUACUCGAGGUUGGACAUAACAUCUGCUUACCAUCACGUUGAGCUUCAUCCAGACUCCCGGAGCAUUACAACUUUCAUGACGGGAAAAGGACUCAUGCAAUUCAAGCGUCUCAUGUUCGGGAUUAACGCAGCUCCUGAAAUUUUUCAGAGGAUUAUGACCGAGAUGCUGAUGGGAAUUGAGGGAGUUAUAAUAUAUAUAGACGAUAUCGUUGUGUUCGGAAGGACUCGUGAAGAACACGAUGCGCGACUGGAGGAAGUCCUCCGUGUUUUGAAAGAUAAUAAUGCUUUACUCAACAAAGAGAAAUGCGUCAUUGGAGUACAAGAAAUGGAGAUACUCGGAUUUAAAGUGAGUACUACUGGGAUUAGUCCUUCUGAAGAAAAAGUAUCUGCCAUUAAGAAUUUUCGCCUGCCGUCAUCUAAAGAAGAGGUACGUAGCUUCUUGGGAGUGGGACUCGUUAACUUUGUGGGCCAGUUCAUCCCCGAUCUUUCGACCAGAUCUGAGCCUUUGCGGAUGUUUGUACGUGGAGAAAUUGAUAAAUUUGGUGAUAAUCAGCAGAAAGCCUUUGAUGAUCUACGUAACGAGCUGGUUAAUAACGUGCGCAAGCUUGGAUUUUUCGAUCCGUGUGAUACGACUGAACUUUAUGUUGAUGCCUCACCAGUCGGGUUGGGGGCAGUGUUGACGCAAAAGGAUCAUAAGGGUGUUUCUAGAAUCAUAAGCUUUGCGUCAAAGGGAUUGACGCCUGCCGAGCGAGUGUACCCACAAACCCAGAGAGAGGCAUUGGCGGUUGUGUGGGCGGUGGAGAAAUUUUACCUCUACCUGUUCGGCCUCGAAUUCACCGUAUUUACAGACCAUAGGACACUGGAAUAUAUUUAUGAAGGCAAGCACCAAAACGGAAGACGAGCCUGUUCAAGGGCUGAAGGUUUUGCACUUCGUUUACAACCUUAUAAUUUUCGUGUUCGAUAUAUUCCAGGAGCAAGAAAUAUUUCUGACAUCCUCUCCCGUCUAGUUACACAGUGCGAUGCAGCGUUUGAUGAAGGUUCAGAUCACUUUCUGUUUGCGUUAAACGAAGGUCUUUCUGCGAUAACUUUGAAAGAGAUUCAGAAAGAAACAGAGGCAGAUCAGGUUUUGAUGGCAGUGAUUAACGCCCUUAAAACAGAUAAGUGGGAAAAAGAGCUUUUCCGGUACCAAGCUUUUCAAAAUGAGUUAGGAUCAAUCGAUGGAAUCGUAGUCAGGAAUGACAGGAUUGUACUUCCUAAAAAGUUGCGAUCGAGGGCAUUGCAAAUCGCGCACAAAGGGCAUCCCGGUAUCGUUGCAAUGCGACGAAACUUGAGGGAGAAGUUAUGGUGGCCCUGUAUGGACCGCGAUGUGAAUGAAACUGUACAACAAUGCGCUGGUUGCUCCGCCGUUAGUAGACAGAAUCCACCCGAGCCAAUGAUAAGAACGGAGAUGCCUGAACGUGCUUGGCAGCAGAUAGGAAUUGACUUUUUCUCUGCCAAAGAGUGUGCCACGUUCUUAGUGACCGUGGAUUACUACAGCCGGUUCUUAUCAGUAUCUGAAAUGAAAAUCACAAAUGCGGCUAAGACUAUUGAAGUGUUGGAGGCCCUAUUCCGUGAGCAUACUUAUCCGGAAACUAUACGUUGCGAUAAUGGCCCUCCAUUCUCCAGUGUAGAGUUUUCUGAAUAUUGCACUAGUAGAAACAUUCGAUUGGUCCACACUAUCCCUUAUUGGCCUCAGAUGAACGGGCUAAUCGAGAGGCAGAACCAAGGGAUAUUGAGGGCAUUGCGCAUUGCGAAAGUAACCCAAACUGACUGGAGAAAAGCCUUGCAAGAUUAUGUGUAUAUGGUUAAUACCACGCCUCAUUCGACGACGGAUAAAGCACCGUUUGAACUGCUAACAGGAAGGCCAGUUAAGGACUUAUUACCCUCUCUAAGAACGGACCCCAACUGGAUGAGAGAUGUGAGCACACGGGAAAAAGAUGCAAUCCGGAAAGUGAAGGGUAAGAUCUACGCAGAUGAACGCAGAAAGGCUAAAACUUCCGAAAUAGAAGUCGGUGACAAAGUGAUGAUACGGAACUAUGAAGCGGGUAAGUUGGAGCCCAAGUUUCGGCUGGAAAAAUAUACAGUCAUCGAAAAGACAGGAAGUGACACAUUAGUAGCGAAUGAAGACGGAACAACGUAUCGCCGUCCAAUUUCCCAUUUGCGGAAGUUUCCUUUGCAGAAGACAACAGAGGAUGUCACUGAACGAAUGACGCAAGAAGACGUUAUCGUUUCGUCCGAUAACUCAGAAUCUGACAGUCCAGUAAAAAUGAAUCUGGGUAAUAAAAGAAAACACCAGGAAGUGGAUAAUAAUGAUGGAGUCGAUAGCAAAGAACUUCCACCGAAUCGUCCAACUAGACCGAAAAAGCUCCCUUCGCGAUACAAGGAUUAA